CAUUCUAUAAUUCUCUGAUGUUCUUUCUGACGUGUGAAUGCAGCAUUUCUGAACAUUUAGUGACAUUUUUGUAGAACUGCUCCUGGGCAUCACUUAUUUCUAGCUUGCAAAUUUGCUGCUCAGUGAUCUGGCAUAUAACGAUUUCAGCUUUGAGAAAAUAACGCUUGUGAAAAUUACUAAUUCUGUGUCUUCGUUAUGUAACUGAUUUUGCUUAUUAGGGACAUCUUUCUGGUCUAUGAAAUCUAUCACUUGUUUGGUGAAUUUAGCUCCACCACCUUACAUGUAACUACAAGAGUGUAAAGUAUUAUCUGUAUUCUGAACAAAAUAAUACACCUUCAUAAAUCAGUAUCUGCAAACUGUGCACUAGGUUUUUCAGGAGCAUCAUCUUCCUGGUCGCUGCAGUGAGUGGUCUCCGACGGAGAAGCUGUGUUUGUCCCCCUAGGCUGAAGUUGAAGCCAUGAAGAGAGUACUAGAAAGUCUUAACCUCAACAUGGUAGAGAUGGUAGAUGAAAAUGCAACCUUGGAUGGUGGAGACGUCUUAUUUACAGGCAGAGAAUUUUUUGUAGGCCUUUCCAAGCGGACAAAUCAACGUGGUGCAGAAAUUCUGGCUGACACAUUUAAGGAUUAUGCUGUCUCCACAGUCCCUGUUCAUGAUUCUUUGCAUCUGAAGAGUUUUUGCAGCAUGGCUGGACCAAACCUGAUUGCUAUCGGGUCAAGUGAAGCUGCGCAGAAAGCCCUCAAGACCAUGCAACAGAUGAGUGACCACCGCUAUGACAAGCUGACAGUGCCCGACGAUGCCGCUGCAAACUGCAUCUACUUAAACAUUCCCAGCAAAGGGCACGUCCUGCUGCACCGAGCCCCUGAGGAGUACCCAGAGAGCGCAAAGGUUUUUGAAAAACUGAAGGACCACAUGCUGAUCCCAAUAGCCAACACAGAACUGGAGAAAGUAGAUGGGGCACUCACCUGUUGCUCUGUGCUUAUUAACAAAACUUCAGAAUUAUGAGUUUACAGAGUCCCUCCCUUGUAGCUGGCAAUAAUGUUACACACAAGGUAGACGAAUCUGUAUCCACACUUUUAUUGUUUUUAUUGACAAUCUACUGUACCACUGUGCUACUAACCCUUGUUUACAAAUUUUUUGCUUUGUGUAUUUUUAUUAUGUCCUUGCAGAUGGUAUUUAAGGUGGAUGUUUGCUUUCGUUGAGGGGCACAUAACUCUGAAGUGUGUUAGUCCCGUGGGCUGGCAGAAGACAAUUAUAAUGGCUAACCCCUAGCUUUAGUGAUCUAACUUACCUGUGUGAAAUUUUUAUGAAGACCGACUAAUUCUGAACACUUCAAGCACCUCUGUUGUCUUUGCACUGUUCCCUUCUCUUGACUUUUUUCUUUCUCUUCCUUGAUCUACGCCUUUUUUUCAUGUAGUCUUUCACCCCUGUUUCUUUUCACUUUCAGUAAUACAAGGUCUCAGUGGGGGCUGAAGAAAGUUCAGGGGGCUCAUGAACUUGUUAUCUUCUGUGGUAGGAAAGCUGGAACAGUGGGCGAUAGACUACACUCGCUGUCUCAGCCAUAUCACGUCGCUGCUGCUGGGCAUUGUUAGUUUCAGAAGCAAGGUAGCAACUUUGGGAAAAGCCUCCUCUGACAGGAGCAUUCGAAGACAGUAUCUGCCUGGGAAACUUGGAUGACAUAGAAAGAAAUCACAGUGCAGCCACACAGGUCAUCUCCUGCAAGUUCAGGCCAGAUCGUGGGGAACCACAAAAAUGGAAAACUCAGAUGCUUUCAGUAAAGUUAAAACUAUAAUAACAAUCGAAAUUUUGUGUGCUUUUAAAGUUAUUAUUCUUUGUUUACUCUUUUUUGUUUUUUGUCCCUCCUUUCUGUGGUUUUCUCCUCUUUUGGAGGCCACGUACUAGCAAAAUUCAAAAGGAAAGGGUGAUAGAAUGAGUUGAAGGACAGUUAUUCCUGGAUUAUGCUCAUGAGUAAGGGAAGCUAUUGUUUCCUGAAAGAUUGGCAUGCGUACUUUGCCCUUGGGGUGGUUUUCCUUGGAAUAAUGACCAUCUUAAUUUUUAAUUGCAUGAAUAUUUACUGUGGUAUUCAGUUAAAACAAAUAUAUUUUUUGUAGCAAAUUCCACAACAUGUUUACCCACUGAGUCAUGCUUUUUUUCACCACAGUAAAGUGGAGCAUACCCCAUUGUAUUCGCAUGCUUCUUGUUAAAUCAUUUGUAAACUACAAAUGGAGAAAUUCCCAAACAGAGGCAGCAGUGGGAACUCUCCGGAGGCUGACGAACAGUCAGAACACGUUAUCUACUUCCUAAGCACCUCCUCCACCUUUCCUGAACCACUUGUGGCACGGCGCUAAGGUGCAGUCGGAAGUGAGUGGGGAGUCAGUCUGUAGCACGGCAGAUAGCACUAACCAAACGCACACUUCAGUAUUCUUCGGAAACCUCCGUGCUUUUCCACACAGUCAUACGGGAGGAAACACAAGUACGUAUAUCCGUAGGUACUCCACAGUGCAUCUCUCACCUCAUCUAGCAGUAACGUGGUGCAAACAUCCUGGCAGCCGCCAGGAUACGUGUCAUGUUGUCUGCAUGCUGCAAUGACAAGAGGCAUCACAAGAGAGAGAACAGUGAUGAGGAAAUAAAAUGGUUUUAUGGCUGUGUGCUGUCCCAAAGGAUUCUCCUGAGGUUUCCCCUUUGACUCCUCCAUUCCCAUGCACCAUCAUUUCUGCCUGACCCACACGAUCAGGCUCUAAAGAUGUAAAUAUUGCAAUGGGAGAUCUCUCCCUCCUUCUCUCAGUGUUUCUUAAGUAUCUGAUAAAGCAUUUUGCAUUUUAAAAUGACUUGAUACUCAGCAGAGAUUUUGUGCUAAAAAGUAACCCUGCAGUAUUUAACUGUGACCAUCUAAAGGCAAGCUUUACCCUUAAAAACAUCUGUGUCUGUGGGAACUGUCAUAUGAAGCCUGCACAGCCUCCCGUACCUGCCCUGUCCAUACUCCUGGGCCUGGUUACACCUCAUACCCCUCCCUCUCCCAUAGUUCCUCCAUCAUCUCACCCAGGAGUGGGAGCUGUCCUGUGCCAGUGUUGGGCUGUGAGAUCUCCAUUCCAUUUAUGCCUCAAAUUUUCUGUUGUGUUUUUUUUCCUGACUCUCUUCCUCAGACUACAGUUUCUAGUUUGUGGCAUGAUAAACACUUUUUUCUUUUAGCCUCAAAGUGAAUUUUCCUCCUGCUGCCUUAGUUCUCCUGCUUCAGUUGUCUUUUUCUGCCUCCUUGUUCACUCCGUAAGCUGUCCUAAAUUCCUACCCUUCUUGUGUAGGUGCCAGGUGGGAGAAGAAACUGAGGGGUCUGCUUUUACUUUGAGCUGGAAGGACAAGUGUCAGCAGGAGCUGUAUACCUAGAGAGUGACAAGGAGGAUUCCUCUUUAGGACAAAAUAUGGUAGUCAUUGCUGAUAGCUUAUGUCCCCGAAAGCAACAGAGCAGGAGAUAGCGGCUUUCCUUGGCUUCCCCAUGGCAUGGAGAGGUGAGACUAGAGUGAGCAGCACCUCGUUUUUCCAGCAAGGUCUUUCACAUGUUGCCAGUUCGAUUUCCCUGCCUUCAAGGCUACAUUCUGGUAUAUGGAAAGAGAAGGGGAGCGGCUGAGGGAUUUGAAUUCCCUCUGGUGAUGAUUUCAAAUUGUGUAUAAAUUUUCUGACUUUAGGUGCAGAAUUUGGGUGCUCUAAAUCACACGUGCUUUGUCUCCGUUUGUCUUAUAGGCUCAUAACAUAAAGUUCUAAAUUAAAUCUUAGUCUGAUGCCAAAAGUUACCUACGCUGGUUAGGGGAAUUGCCCUUACCUCUGCUUUUAGCAUUGUUCUUUAUUAUGGCAUUAUAAUAAAGGAAAAACACUUAAAGCACUUCAGUUCAUGCAUUUGCAGUAUGGAAAAAAACUAAAAUCAUGCCAAAUGCUUCUUGCUGUUCACUACUUUUUCUGUUGUCCAAACAAAGAAUUUCUUUGCAAGGACAUUCCUGCUGUAACACAUACGUAUUUAAUGGACAUCCUGUGCAUCCUGUCACUAGAACAUUUCUCAGAUGUCUGAUGCAAAUCAUCAUCCUUGAUUAAUAUAAAUAAUAAAAUGAAAUCCCAAACCAAAAAAAGGAGAUGAGACACUGAACUGCCCACAGAAAACAUUUGAUAACAACUGUCAGGCUGUAUGACAGCAGGUCAGUGAAGAAGAAGAUUUUGUGGUUAAUAGCUCAGCAGUGGGGUUUGAAUUACUCAUCAGAUGUUUUUUUAUUUUGAACAAGCAGUUUAGCAUGGAUCAAAUGAAAGAGCUAGAAUAUGCAUUAAAGGUCUUUGGUUGAUACUAUCUCCACUGUGAGUGCAGGAAGAGCUAUGAUACGUGGGUUUCUCUCUUCAGCAAAAUGUGAAUACAGUAUCUCUCUCUGCAAUGAAAAUGUGAAUGCGUACUGUACUUAUACAAUAAUCUUAAAUUCUUCCACUUCGGCAUUUUUGUCAUUUCCAUGCUAAUACACUCCUUUUUGGUCUUAAAAUAGCUGCCACUGUAUGAAGCCAUUGCCUGAUUUUUGGGUGAAUUCCAUGUGAUAGGUACAGAGGUCAUAGGUAACACCAUGUUGAGUUUUAAAAAUAAACAUUCAAUGAAAUGCAGAACAACAAAUCUGCUUUUUCUGUUUGUUCAUGGCAAAUUGGGGAUAAAAUGUGGGACAAAUCAGCUUUUGAUUUCACUCAGCUUCUUGAACUUUAUAUUAAUGAAGUCAGAGCCAAACUACUUCAAUAGAAAAUAUCAGCUUUCAUGUGGAACCAUUUGAAGAAAAUAAUUUACUAUUUAAGACUCUAUUUUUGUUUUUAUCAAUGAGGAAACUGAAAAGAUAAGACUGCUUAAAGAAUGGUAUUUGUUAAGUGAUUGUGAACAAAGCAUAAUUGGACCUCGUGUAUUUUCAGAAAAGGUUUAACUGGGUGUAUGAUGUAACUUGUAUAGAGCUGCAUGUGAAUCGUGUUAGUCACUGUUUUAUGUUGUAUUGUUCUGCAGUGCACAAAUAUGACUACUGAACACAGAAGUGUUACAUUUCAUUAAACUUAAAAUCUUGUUGCAGUACAUAGUUUCCCACUUUCUGUGCCAAAAACAUCAACACAUUCCAUAAUCUGUUCUAAUAGAGAUUUGCACUUUUUUGUUUUUCUUUUUUUUUGACUCUUGCAGUUUCAAUACUAUAUAUCCCCAUCACAAUGGAAUAAAGUGUCAAUUGUACUGUGAA